AAAUCCCUACCUCAAAAUAUUCCCCUCCCUAAUCCCUGCCCUAAAACCUAAUCCCUUAUCCCAUCCAAAUAUUAAACCCUAGUUUUAUACCCCACCCCACAUGCACACAUUUCUCAUACUCGCAUGCACAAUCGUUCCCUUACUCGUGCUCACGCUCCUCAUCAAAUCGCUCUUCAAACUGCUCCAGCCAAUAAAAACAAACAAGCAGUUCGCACUAAACCGUACGAUACGUGCAAUUGUUACGAAGGUGUGUGACGGUGAUACCGUGAGAGUGCGCCAUUGCACACUGUUCAGCCGCUCACGCACCGCCAAGCACACCUUUCUUGUGCGUUUGUACGGCGUGGAUGCACCUGAGUGUGCACAUUUUGGCAUGCCGGCGCAGCCGUACUCAAAGGAGUCUACCGAUUUGUUGAAGAAGUACGUGAUGGGCAAGAGUGUGCGUGUCACCAAGCUUGGCACCGAUAGGUACAAGCGAUGCAUUGGGCGUGUUGUGGUUGAUGGUGUUGAUGUGUCUGUUGCGAUGGUUAAGAAGGGCAUGGCGUGCGUGUACGUGGGACACAAUGCUAUCUACGGGGGACUGCACGAUUUGCUGGUGCGCUACGAGAAGCGGGCAAGGAAACGGGCACUUGGGAUGUGGAAGGAUGGAGUGGAGCUGCCCAUGGACUAUAAGAGGAGAAUGAAGGGCAGGAAAACGAAGAGGAGAGCAGAGCUGUAGGGCUGUGCACUGGUAUGAAUGGGUAAGAUGCGGUGUUCUACGGUGUAGCGCAAUAUUUUUAUGUCACGCGGUGAACACAGCGUGGUGAAGCUGAAACGUGGAGUGACCGAUCAAGGAACGAAUGCACGUGCAAGCCGUAGCUGAGGCAACCGUACGAGCACGUUGCAGCACCUGCCAUCAAAAUUAUGGGCAGGUGGUGCAAUGCUGUGAGGUGCAGCUGAGUUGGUAAAUAAAUAUAUUUUACGGUA